GGUGAAUGGGGCCUGAUGGGGCCAAAGACGCUGAGCGACUGCACUAACGCACGCUGCAGCGCAGCUAUGACCACCUCAAGCACCGCAGGCGAACCAGCAGCCAGGAGCCAUCGUCCAGCCCCUGCAAGAAAAAACGACGCUAAGCGAGAAAUAUUUCCUUGCUCCACCCGCGAGAACUUCACUUCUGGUCUCCUCCUCUUCAACAUCCCACUCAACACCAACCCCCAAAGACAACGAAGUCACACUAAACUGCAUCCAAAAGCACCCUCAAAACAUCAUACACUUCGUCGUCAUCAUGCCGCAGGCAGUCGCUGAGCUGUGAACGACCACUACGGGUGCGCCGACCAAGACGUGCCUGUAGUCCUUCAGCCCACGAGAUUCCAAUUCCAUCAGAUCGAUACGACGAAGCAACAGACUCACAUUGUGACUCCCGCAUAGUAGGGGAGUACAGAUAGCAUCUCUCACGACCAGUCUGCGCCAGAUACAACCAGUAAGAUCGAGUUACGCUCUUCGCCAUCUGGGCCAUAACUCUGUUCUCCACCCGAUAUCUCCAACUUCUGCGAUCGCCCCCCUCCUCUCCUCCAACCUCAAUCAGGCCCAAGAGAGCCUCAACGACCCCUCCAACCCUUCCAACAACCUCAAUUGAGGUCAGAUACAUCAUACAAACUGUCCGCAGACACUCAGAACCACAUAGGCAAAAUCUGUCGUCAUUAUACCUUUUGCGACGAUCGUCUCCAAGAUUCACCGCCAAUCUCCUCAAACUACCCCGCUAUAAAUAACAUCAGCCACCAAUUCACUUCACGAGAGAUUGCCCAAUAUGUCGCGCAGUCUUCGACACAAGUCACCUCCCACACCACGCACUCCCCUCUCCAAGAAGUCGCGCCGAAACUCCAGGGCCACCGACAUCUCGUCUGACGAUGAUUAUGGUGGUGUCGAUCUGAUUUCCGACGAUGAUGAGAGCGAGCCAGAUGUAGAAGGGGUCGAGGAGCAAGCAAUCAUUGAUUCCGAAGCAGAUGAUGAAGACGAAGACGAUGAUGAUGACUUGGAAACUACUCCUCGACCCUUUAUAGACGAAGAAGAAACAUGGGAGGGCUUCGGCCCGGACACAGCCGUCAUUCCUAGUGGAACAUUCUUCGAUGAACAUAUCUCUCGUAUGAAUGCGCCAGAUCAUGACACAGAAGCUACCCUCUGGAACGCGACUGCCAGUUCGGUAUUUACAGAUACAGAUACACCAAGUGGCCGUCGAGUCCACUUUGACUUGUCUGAUAGCGAAAGCGACGACGACGCACCCAACGAGGAUUCCUUUUACCCAGAUAUAUUUGUCGAUCAAAACAGCCUUGCGCCUAGCUUCCGCAGAGAAAUUCACAGAGACAUCGACGCCGAUAACCGAGGUGGAUUUUGGGACUUUAGUGAUAAUGAGACAGCCCCGGCAAAGAACGAUCAAGAUGAUAAGGAGGAUAAUAGCGAUUACUCCACCGGCUCAAGUGGCUACGAAAGUAUGUGGUCUGCUUGAGGAAUCUCAAUUGGAUAUGAAUGCUAACUUGGAUGAUUAGCCGAUGAAGGAGAGACAACCGAAGAAGAUCUACCCCCAGCUGCUAGCUUCAUUCAAGCUCCUGGUCGCUCAGUCCUUCGUAGACUUUCUGAUGCUUCUUCGGGGUCCGAGGAAGAGAUUACUGUCACUCGUCGUCACUCUAUGCGAAACCGUGGACCUGUACUUGCUUCCUGGGUACACGAUCUUAGCAAACCUUUUGCAGUUUUGGACAGCCAUGGCAAGAAGUUGAUCAUGUUCAAGGCAACCGUCAAGAGACGAGUCAGCUUCAGCGGUACUAGUAACCGUCGAACGCUAGAGACAGUUCCAGAGAUGAACUCAGAAAUGUUUUCUCCUGGAGAUCAAAUGUCACCAAUGAUCAGCAACUCUGGCAACAUCAUGCUCGGUGCAAUGUCAACUUCGAUUGAUCAAUAUGCUGGUCUUGGCCCAGCUCUCGGUCCGCCGGAAGCUUUCCACCCUUUCACUAGCGUUGAUGCAAACGGUACUAUUACCCAAGAUAGCAUGGAAUCUUGGGACGAAGAUGAAUUUGACGAGGAUGAGCACGUAUGGCGCCUUGACGACUUUUUCAAGUUCUCUGAAGGUGAAUCAUCAGAUGAUGAGGGUGGGGAUGGAGACAAUCAAGACCCAUCUCCCUCAAGCGAUGCCGCCGAACCAAGUUCGUUAACACCCAAGCGCCCCGUCACUGCUACCAGUGAAGAUCAAGCACAUCCGCUCCUAGACCAUUUCGAGGUUAGGAACGUUGGCUCUUUCCGAAAAAAUCAAAAUCUCCAUACCCAACUCACACGGCACGCAGUCUCAUCUGAUGCCCUUGCCUUCUCGGGUCCAUAUGGCGUUGGCACACUUAAAGGGAUCAAAGGAGGACGACUCGCUGCCGCUAAUUCGCCAAUUACACCCAUGCCUAGAGACCGCAAUCUUGAGCUUUUUGCCAACAGUCCUAGCAGCCCUCUCUCCAAAGCUUCUUCCAAUAACAAGAGGAAGUAUGAUGGUGAUUAUUUCAGCCACAAACGAUCUCGCAGCGCUAUGUGAAUCGAUUCCAUCACGAUCCGCUCUCCUCGUAAGAUCAGUUCAUAUCUGGCAUAGCUCGAAUGUCCGAAUGAAUAAUUGCGUAAUUACGCUGAGGAUGGCAUAUUGUCUCCAUCUCUGUCACACCGGCGGAGAAGGAUGGUAUCCCUGGCCUCGCCCAUUAUAUUCCAAGUGUGCACUUUUUGCUUUUCCGCUUUUGCUUGAAGGGAUCUGCAUAAAGUUAUACACUCACCAUGAAUUACUGAUGUUCAUGUUUAAUUCCUUUAUUUCCUUCUACGUUCUUAUUGUACCUUGUUCUGAUGAAUGUUACUUGAUGCCUCGAUCUGUUUUCUGACCUGAGAUCUUUUCUUUCUCGUAGUGGUUGCUAUGAAUGUACCGGCCAAAUGUGAGCGGAAAAAAUAGUUUCUGAGAGUCUUUAGAUGGGGAGGUCUAUCAAAAUUUUCGUUUUUUUUUUUAUCUCCUUUGUUCUUUUGUUCUCUUUUCUGCUUUAUUUCGAAGGCGAAUAUAGGAAGCAUUCUCUGGCGGGAGAAAGUGUGUACGAGCAAGGUGUGAACGUGGGACCGAGGACGACUUUCAGGGGGGAGGUUUCCACAUUUUUCCUUUUGGCGUGUGUUCACAACCGUAUUCAAUGAUUACAUGGCAUGCAUGGCUUAUGGCGUUUUUGUGUGCAAGGCAAGGGCAUGGAAUGGACAUGGACAUGGACAUGGGAAGGCGAACAGAAAAUUUGUGUAUUGGCUGGCAAUUGCUCGAUAUUUAGAGUAGAUUUUGCUUUCUCUUGCUUUUUUUGCCUUUACGUUAGUUUUUUCUUUUUCUUUUCCCUUUGUUCCCUGCGCUUGGUGGUGUCGCUUCUACUGUACCUUCUUUCUUGACCCGAAGACGAAAUUAUGAAGGGUGGGAUGCCGAUACGAUAUGAUACUAUACAAUGAAAAUUCUAAAUUUUAAAAUUGA